AUGCGGCUACGGAUCCGAACACGCAAGCCUGACCGGGCUCGACAAAACAUCCGUAUUUUUGAGCGCAAUGGAAUGUACACGCCGUGUCCCAGCCCAAAACUUUCUCAUACACUGGAAUUAAAAAAAAUGCCUUCAAGCAGGAUGCCUCACUUCAUGCCUUCCAGAGAGCUGCGCCCACAAGAAUCUUAUCUAAGCUUCGCACUCCAGCCCCCCCUCCCCCUUGAGCCAGCAGGCCGCCUGUCCGACUCAAACCUGCCAGCACCACCCAUCUUGAACCCCAUCGCCCUGUGCAGGAAACACCCAUACAGGUCCGCAUUGGCAUCGAGGUUCCAGGAGAUGAAGUAUGCAUCGCUGCUUGCGACUCUACCCACUUCCAUAGCUACUUUCGAAAGACGAUUAUAUCGGACGAAGUGUUUGGCCUCGUUUGAUCGUGGCCUGAAUAAACUUCCCUUUUGGGUUAGCAGUCUUGUAAAUGCAGGGGCCACAUCCGAAGCGCGGGAAUACCCGCUAGGCUUCCCAUCCCCUCGCCGUGAUACGCCGUAUCAAUUGCGCUCCGCCGAGUGGGUCAUAUCCGAACACGAUGCAGAGGUCAAAGCGGGAAUCGGACCCGUGAGCAUAGAGCUAAGGGUCUCGAAACUCCGCGCGAUCUUCGCGUCUGGCUUUCCAUUCUGCGUGAACCCCGUCACAAGGAGCACAUUUCUGAUAGAAGAGCUAUUAGGAUCAGUCUCCAUAAACAGUUUUUCGUGCUUGUGGUAUUACACAAGCGUCGUGGUGUGUGCCCAGCAGGAUCUAUGGGCUACCUUCGAACCCUCACCCGUGGACAUUCACACAGAUAACUCAUCCUCAACCAUUGCAGAAUCACAUCGACAACCAUCUGCGAUACAUUCAUAUUCGCCCCUAAUGCGCGUCCCAACUUUGCCUUCUCUUCCGAGGUUAGCAGGUAUCCCCAUCAUUGUUCCGUACCAGGUUGUCGGGGAGAUACUCGCGGUAAUGUAUGGUACCUCGCUUCCCGUCACUGCUGAUUCAUCACUCUCGUCCUCAUUUACGAAAACUCUAAGUGUUUGCAGUUCCAAUGCUCUGUCGGAGCUCGCCGAACUCCCAAGCCACUCGCAUCCACCAACCACUUGCGGUCUGGCUCACUCUGUAUAUAGAUCCCCUAGUUACGCUCCUUUAGCAAUUAACUCGGUUCCUCAUGGCUCUAGUGCCCCCAAUAGCUUCACACUAAGACAUGUAUAUGCACUUUAUGGAACCUCCACGGCCGUUGUAUUGAAAUACCCAGUAUCGAAAUACCCAGUAUCGAACAUCCUCAACCCCAACUCCUCCAUAUCAACUGGAUCUGCUGGCGGUGAUUUAUUGAGUGUCUGCCGCCCCGAAGGUACGACCUUCGUCGGCACAUUGCUACAGGGUCAGGAUACUGAGCUGACAAUUUUCUGCAUUUUAGGCCAAUUAGGAACUUCCCCAGGGCUACCCGUGAUCUUUGCGGAUCAAGCAAAAUAUUCUGAUAGGGCAACACCUCUACUUCGCUCCAUUUUAACUGUUCCUCUCGGUCGCUCAAUGGCUUUCUCAGCAAUCAUCGCGUUGUCCUACUUUUCCUAUCCCGGCGUCAAUUUUCCUGCAUUACCAUCGCGGUUGACAACGAGUGUGGCUGAGUACUAUACCAACACCGUAGAGGCGGAUUGGGACGCCGAACAGAUGAAUUCACACUGUCAAGAACUGGAGAUGCACCUGGAGCCCCCCCGGCCUCAGCCAGCAAUCUAUAUUCCAACAGCUACAUCUAGCAGUGAGUUCUGGAUAUCGAUAUCCCCAUUGACUUCCGAGGGUUCAACAAAACCAACUUCCAAUUCUCCAUUCCAAUCGCAAGAAUCCAUCUUCAGGCCGAUUUCCGCAAUCUAUGAGAAUAAAGAGUUCCAAGAUAUAUUAGCCCCCAUUACCGAUCAGAGUAAUACGAACCAGAACCGUAGAGCAUGGCAUAAAAGGACAAGACUGUCGAGAAUUCCAAAUGUCUACAAUACCUCCAAGGACAUCAUCAUUAUAUCGUACCUGGCAGAGAGAGUCAACUCAAUCCACAGAGUCAGCACGAUCAAUAGAAAUGCUAGACACACUAGAAGAGCAGAGAAUGGCGGGGCACUCAACGACCAGUCCUUCCAAGGAGAAGAAGCCGUGGUAUCAUCACCUCAACCCUUUCAAAUGAUGCCAAGACAUACUGCGAAUAUCUUGUCCAACAUUUCUAUCGCCUGGAAAACUCCCCUGAUGGCAACCGGACAUCGACGAAGCCUCGAACCAAACCACCUGAUUCUUUCUAUCCUUCAUGUUAGCACCCGUAGCACAAUUUAUCUUUUCGUCUUGUCUCUCUACCAGGUCAUAGUUCCAUUCAAUCUUCGCUUUCUCCUCUCUUUCAUUGAUGAUGCAUACGCUACCUCGGUUCCUUACCAGCCUAGAUUCUACAAUGACUCAAAACGAACGAAUCUCUACAUCAUGGGAGGGAAGAUAUUCAGACGGAGAGAUUAUUACCAUAUGUUGGCAGAUGUAGCCAAGAAUGAUCCCGCCGCUAGCAUUCUACAGAUUAUUCGGGCUUCUCUAUUGGCGAUCGCAUACCUAGUUCUCCUCUUUAUCAACACCGCCUAUUCCCCCAUUACCCGGGUUAGCUUCCUCGGCGAUCCAGCACUGACUAUUGCAGCUAAAUCAAUCGCUCACGUGAAGGAGAAAGGCAGUCCCAGUAAUCUCGGAUUCUCGUAUCUCCCGCAUGACCGAAGUCUUGUAGUCGAUCUGCUAUGUCACGUACAGCGCUUGGAAACCCUCAAUACUUGGUAUACUCAAAUCACUUCGCAGAAUGGAGACAAAGCUGGUCGCUCAGCCCCUCGCAAAAAGAAAUGCUAUCUACGUGAUCUUGAUAUCAACGCCGUCGCACCUGUGUUUUCACCACUAGCAGUUUCAACGCUAUUCGAAUACCAUAAUCCUGCUGCCCACUUCCUUCUUGCAGAGGAACACCAAGAAGAUAUUCAGUCUGAUACUGAAAUUAAUACUGGUGUCAUAUUGAAGAAGCCUUCGUUUUCAGCGGCCUGGAGGAAAGGAGCGACUAAAACCAACACGGAUGCCGAAACAGAGAACAAGAUGAAGUUAAUUCCUUCUCGGCGGUUCUCGAUCAAAGACAUACAUUUCUCCAUUGGUUGGAACGAGCUGGCUGCGCAAGACAUCGUUCCUUCAGGGCUUUCCGCAGAUAUGCGUCAAACGAGCGGCCAAAUAGCCAUGGGAGAUUGGUCAACAUCCUCUUCGGCGAAGAUUACGACCCGUGGUGGUUUGACGCUACGAAGGACGCGUGUUACUUGGAAGCCGACAUCCAUCAACUCGGGGCCGGAGACGACACGGAAAUUUGAGAGCUUGAUGUUCACGUUGAAUAUACUAUUUGCGGGUUAUUGGAAGAGAAAGGUCGAACUAUUCCAAACCACUAGCUCAUCGUUUUCAGUCUCUGCAACAGGAUUCCCUAGCUGGAAGAUUGUACGAUUCGGGCAUUUGAUAUUGUUUGCAGUAAUCCCUAAGUACACUCUUUUAGCAAUCAACUCAGUUCCUCAUGCCUCUAUUUUGGAAGAUGAUUGCCAAGUAACACAGAGGGAUGCUCAAGCAGUGGAGGAGAGCUCUUCUCUCCUGCUCGAAACUUUGAAUGCCAAACCUAAUCCCGUCUGCGGGAAGAACGAAACGAAAGAUGGAAAGCUCAUGAAAGAAGGGAAUCGCGGACAAGGCCAAGUAUCAUGGUUUGUCGACAAGGAAUAUGGUCAGUUUUCUAGCCACACCACUUUAGCCUGGCUCCAAUGGUAUUCUUUCCCUCGCCCAAAACGGCGAACGCUAUCGUACAUCUUUGGCUCAGUUUCUGGUCGUCCGAGCGCUUCGGGUUGGCGCGGAACAACUGCAUCUCCUCAUACGUUGUUCUUGCAGUCAUAUCAGCACCCCUUAUAUUCGCCUUUACUCCUUCACGACAGAAAGGUGUCCGUAGAUUUUCCCGACGUACUUUAUAUAUUUCUGUACUCCAUAGUCCUCAUUGCAAGUUCAGCGCUCGCUCCCUCAAACGUCAUGAAACAGCACUCUGAGGCAAAAUGUUCUCUGGAUUCUCCGAAUCUAUAUCAGGGGUAUCUGUUCAUACAAGCCCUGAGAGAAGCCAUCGAAAACAUGAACUCUGCAGUUAACGCUGGCUUGCAACACGACUUGACCUCGUUUCUAGCUAUUAAAACCGUGGCUACGGAUGGGCAAUCCUACCUCUUCAGACUUGUCAACAAGCAAGUUUGUAGCGUUCUGAAGGUCGAACUUGACUUGAUUAAUUACCUACUUGGGCUAGGACUCCUCUUUCAGGUUUAA